CGUGCCAUUACGUGCGCCCGGAUUUCGACGAUCGGCCGACCGCUCCGCUCCUGUGGAGACAGUCAGUCGUUUCGAGGCUGCCGAGUUGACCGGGCGUCUAGUCGAGAGCCGUGGAGAGCCGCGUCGUUCCGGGGCUGUGUGUCUCUCUUCCUUCAAAACCGUCUCUCUUUCUCUCUCGCGUCUGCCCGCCCCUUCCUUUGUCGGCCACCCCAUCGAGAUUUCGACGGCGAGGACCAUGGCGAGUACCACGAUCGUGACGAUUGUCCUGCUGGCGGUGAUCCAGGCUGCAAUGAGUACUAACAAUUGCUCGAAUCCAUGCUAUCCGAACCAGUUCUUUCAGAACAUCGAAGGCAAUCUCACGAAGAUCGUUUGGGCGCACGCUGUCAACAGCCGAGCGAAAUUGGAGGAGGCACUCUUAUCAAAGGAUGUCAUGAUGCUGGAGGCCGACGUCGUAUUGGGCAACCUUAACAAUAACACCGAAAUGAUUCCGAUAAUGGCGCAUCCACCAAACACGACGAGCGAUCUCUCACUCGAGGACUUUCUCAAUAUCACCAGCAACAGCAGAAUGGGCAUCAAGCUCGACUUCAAGACCGAUGAAGCUUUCGAGAAUAGCAAAUCUAUCCUCAAGAACUGGCGAUCAAUCCUUGUCAAGCGUCCAGUUUUCCUCAAUGCAGACAUUCUUGCUGGACCAGUCAAUGCUACCACCAUUCCGCUUAACGCAACAGCAUUCCUGAAAGGAGCUAACGAAACCAUGCCGGAGUCUAUUCUCUCUAUUGGUUGGACAACCAGGUACGGAAAGGAAUUCAAUGUUACCGAGGGUCAAUAUACCGUGGAGCAGCUGAAAAAUAUGACCGACAUUUUGAAAGAGAAUAGCGUCACCCAGUCGGUAACUUAUCCCGUACGAGCUUGUUUUGCGGCGGGCAAUAUCGAUGGCAUAAAAGAUUUGUUGAAGAACACAACGUCGUACAACUCGACCUUAACGAUCUGGUCGUCAAAAAACGAUUCCGUCGACGCCACGAAGCUUUCGGAACUGAUUAGAGAAGUGGGAGUCAAAAAGGUCUACGUGGAUGUGUCGAAGGACUUGAAGGACAAGCUCAACUUUUCAGGCGCGUCCGCGAUGACGUCCACGAUGGUGAUGAAUUUGGGCGCGUCGCUGGUGCUUCUGGCCCUGUCGAGGAUGCUGUAAGAUGGAAGACGUGGGUAGCAGACGUAGACUUGCGGCGAGGUUCGAGAAAAGGAGGGUUCCGGGACUCUUCGUUCCGGGGGCCUCUCGAUGAAGAAAGCGAAAGUACGAGCGAACGAUGAAAUCCGAUUACGAUCGCACGCCGUGAAUGUCCUUUUUUUGAUCGCUAUCACCAUCGCGAUCGUUCGAUCGGGUCUUCGUCCGAUUCAUCGGUUACCAUUCUCAAGACGUACCUCUCACGACAUCCGAUUCGUCGUCGCAGCGAAUAAUUUCCAUGGUGAGAUAUUUUCCACGCGAGAUUCCCUCUGUUCGAAAAAAAAACGCCCGUUUUGCCGAUACAAUUUGUACUUAAAAGAAUCGUUCAAACGACACGCGAUGCAAUCUGAUUGUAUAAAACAUACACUUUCUUUUUUAAUAUAUCCGACACGGUAUAAAUCGUAACAAGAGAAAAAGUAAAUACCUGCAUAUAUGUGUGAAUAGAUGCGUUUCAAUUAUAUCGAGAGUACUUUAAUACCGUUGAUAAACAGUAACGCUUUACCUAUUGUUAAUUAAUGUCUAAAGUUUCAUAAUAUUAUAUUAUACGUAUGUUAAAUAAAUCAAUUGAUAAACGUAGCAGAAUCACAUAUACGUACAUACACAUGCGAUCGAUCUCAUUUGAAAUAUUCGUUGCGUAAAAGGCAACAGUUAAAGAUGCACGUGAAGGACGCGCGUCUUUAACAAAUUGCCCUGAAAUUUUUUAUUAAAGUACAAACAGCGACAUAUGAAAAAAAAAGAGCGCACUUUACGUAAUUUCGUAUCAAAUAUUACACGCAUCGUACUUGCCGUGCGCGCGCGCGCGCAAUCGUGUGUUGGUAAUGUCCCUUCGUAAUGUUCACCAAUCUGUACCUGCGUUUAACAUAUCUCCGAUUUAGGUGCAGCAAGAAGUUAUAUUAAUCUCAAGCUACGUAUUAAAACCAAAGGAAUGCAGUAUAUGGUGCGGGAGCGCACUGCGUUUGAUAACGAGUCAAUAAAACAUUGCGCAAAAUUGUCGAGGAAA